AUGGUCCAGGCUAUGAACAUCCAAGAAUUACCUUUAUCUGUAUUUGGUCCAAGCAAUGGGAUUGAAAAUGAGGAAAGCUAUGGAAUUUAUGAUGAAUUAGAAUUUGCCACUUUGGCGCAAAAUGGUCCAGGCUAUGAACAUCCAAGAAUUGUAGCAAAACAAAAGACAUCAACAGCAGUAACAACUAAAGCUGAAUUGGUAACAACAAUUUUCGAAACAACUGAUGAAUAUAACGUUGAAAAUAAAGAAAUUCAAAAACUGACUGACAAAAAAGGAUAUAAAGAAGCAGAAUAUGAGGAUAUAACAAUUGGAUCAAAUUUGAAUGAUUUAUUGGCUAAUUUACCGGAUGAAGUUAAUGCUGAUUCGUUGCAAAAAAUGUUUCAUGAUUCGGUUGAAAAUCGUCGAACGCUUAUGCGAAGUUUUGAUUAUUUAAUGGAUCAGGUUAAUUAA